AAUUGAAAAACAAUUGUUUCAUUACGAAGAAUUUGUUAAACGUUUAAAUAUAUUUCUAUCAAUAUACUAUCUUGCAGUACGGAUUGAUUUUGAGACAAAGGAAAUUUAAAUUGUGGUUGCGCCACGAUGUGACGUCAUAAUUUAUGAUCCAGAUUACUUUCCAUUCAGUACAUUAUGCAAUGCUCUCGUCUUGCAAACACCAAACUUUUCGUAUUUGCCAACCAUCAGACAAAUAUUUAACAGACGAAUAUAUUUUGUUAAAUAAAUGAAUGUACUUAAACGAGGUAAAUGUCGGGAUGGUAAGAGUCGCCUAAAUUUCAUCACUCAACACGUGUAGAUAUCAUGAACGCUACCGAUGUGUUUUAUAAUGUGCCGGUCACAUUUUCGUGGUUCGAUUAUGGCCUGUUCGUCGCCAUGUUGUUGCUAAGCGUACUAAUUGGAUUAUAUUUCGGUUGCUGCGGCCACCAAGACAGUAUCAAUGAGUAUUUACUUGGAGGAAAAGAAAUGUCGGUGGUACCGAUUGCGAUUUCGCUAGUCGCCAGUAAUAUUUCUGGAAUUACGCUUCUGGGCGUCCCAACCGAUGUCUACCGAUUCGGAAGUACGUACUACAUGUAUGUCAGCAUGUUGAUUCCAGUUUAUGUCAUCACAUAUUACGUAUAUCUGCCGGUAUUCUACAAGUUACAAUUGGUUAGCGUAUACGAGUAUAUGAUGUUGAGAUUUAAUAGGAAAAUUCGACUUCUCACUUCUGGUUUAUCUACUGUGGCAACUCUACUUUACCUGCCGAUCGUAGUUUAUAUUCCAGCCUUAGCUCUAACUCAAGCAACUCAAUUUAGCUUGCAUCUUGUGACACCCGUUCUAUGUGGUGUGUGCAUUUUCUACACCACCAUCGGAGGACUCAAAGCCGUUGUGUGGACUGAUACGUUACAAUUUGUUGUAAUGAUUGGUUCAAUUGUGGCGGUGUUUUAUAAAGGUUUGGACGCCAUUGGAAGUUUUGACGAAAUGUGGUCUCGGGCCGCUGCUGGUAGACGAUUAGAAUUUGACUUGGAUGUAAAUCCCACAAAAAGGGACACUGUGAUGGCCACAAUGGUAGGUACACUUUUUGGUUGUCUGAGCUACAUGAGUAUUGGUCAAAGUUUUGUGCAGAAAUACCUCUCAAUGCCGACUAAAAAAGACGUCAAAAAGGCUUUAUUUUUAUUUAUGUUUGGAAUGUUUGCAAUCAUUACCUUCGUGGUGUUAACUGGUUUGAUUAUGUACGCGCACUACUACGAAUGUGAUCCGUUCACAGCUGGAAAAAUCACGAAACACGAUCAGAUAUUACCGUUCUACGUCAUGGAUGUUGCUUCGACAAUACCUGGACUAGCCGGUUUGUUUCUAUCUGAUUUUAGUGCAGCGUUGAGCACACUAUCAGCGUGCAUGAACUGCCUCGCUGGAUCUGUGUAUGAAGAUUUUGUAAGUCCGUUCAUGCCGAAGGAUAUCUCACAGAAGCAAGUGUCAAAUAUUUUAAAAUUACUUGUUAUGAUAAUCGGAAUUAUAAGUACCGCCAUGGUUUUUGUUAUUGAACAUAUGGGCAGUAUCUUGCCGAUCAACUACGCUCUCGGCGGUAUUACCAAUGGUCCCCUACUGGGACUUUUCACUCUUGGAAUGUUAUUUCCAGUUGCAAAUCACAAGGGCGCGCUUUAUGGUGGAUUCGGAGGCAUUGCAUUUAUGUCUUUUAUUAUAAUUGGUAGUCAAUACUAUCAGGUCAUGAACGAGUAUGCUGGGAGACCCGUAUCUAUAGAAGGAUGUGGCAACGGCACUAUAUUAUUGCCUAAUUUACCAGAUUCAAGCGUUGAUAAGAGCGACGUCUUUAUUCUAUUUAGGAUAACUCACUACUAUUAUAGUUUUAUGGGUACCCUGGCUACAGUUAUAAUUGGAGUUGUCGUGUCGUACCUGACACGGAAACCUACCGAUCCAAAGGUGGAUCCGGAUUUGAUCAGUCCGUUCAGUUAUUGGGUGUCAAGCAAAUUUGGACUAGAAAAACCUGAAAAGGGAAAUUAUUAUGAAGUAAACAAAGCGCUAGGAGUGGUAACACAUGCAGAAAAACAAACGAAUGCAACGUAGACUGUUACAAAUAAAAUAUAAGUACAAACAAAA